CGAAGUUCAUGUAACUUCCUAUAAAAUCUGAGAAUGCGAAGCCAAAUUUUUUAAUCAUUUCCUGCAAAGCGACAAUCCCCCCCUUCUCAUCUCAUCUCUCUCCUCCAAUCUGUCUCUUUCUCUGCAAAUCCAAACAUGUCGGAGCGAACCAAACCCCCGGCGGACAUCAAGGAUAUAUUCGACCGUUACUCCGACCACGGAACAAUGACCCUCGAUCACCUCCUCAGAUUCCUGAUAGAAGUUCAGGGCGAAAAAGCGGCCACCAAGGACGAUGCGGAAGCCAUUGUCAAUGCCCUCAUUGCUCUCCAGCAUCCCGACAUCUCUCAAUCCAAGGCUCUGGAUCUCCGAGCCUUUUUCUGCUACCUCUUCGGUGACGUCAAUCCUCCCCUCUCGCCUUCCGGUUCGCAUGACAUGAAUUCUCCGUUGCCGCAUUAUUUCAUCUAUACAAGUCACAAUUCCUAUCUAACCGGGAAUCAACUCAGCAGUGACUCCAGCGAUGCCCCCAUUAUAGAAGCACUGCAGAGAGGUGUAAGAGUAAUUGAACUGGAUCUGUGGCCAAAUUCCACCGAAGAUGAUGUGGAUGUUCUUCAUGGCAUGACACUAACAAACCCGGUGAAACUCAUCCAGUGUUUGAGAUCUAUCAAGGAACAUGCUUUUGUUGUGUCUGAUUAUCCUGUGGUAAUAACUUUAGAAGACCACCUCAAGCCAGAUCUUCAGGCUAAAGUGGCCCAGAUGCUCACUCAAACCUUUGGAGAUAUGCUGUUUGUCCCUGAGUCAGAAUGUAUAGCAGAAUUCGCUUCACCUGAAGCAUUGAAGAGACGGAUCCUCAUCUCAACCAAACCGCCAAAAGAAUAUCUUGAAAAAAAAAUUGAAGCAUUGGAAGAGAAUGACCCAGAGAAUGUGGAGUGUAUUGACAAGGAAGAUCUUGAAGAUGAGGAAGAUGAGGAAGACAAGUUACAACACAAUGCUGCACCUGAAUAUAGGCGUCUAAUUGCCAUUCAUGCUGGGAAGCUAAAAGGUGGACUGAAAGAGUGGCUGAGGGUGGAUCCUGAUAAAGUUAGGCGUCUUAGCUUAAGUGAGCGUGAGCUUGAAAAGGCAUCCAUAACUCAUGGUAAAGAUAUUAUCAGGUUUACCCAGAAAAAUUUUCUGAGAGUAUAUCCAAAAGGUGUACGGGUUGAUUCAUCAAAUUAUGAUCCGCUAACUGCAUGGAUGCAUGGAGCUCAAAUGGUGGCAUUUAAUAUGCAGGGAUACGGCAAGUCACUUUGGUUGAUGCAAGGAAUGUUCAGAGCCAAUGGUGGUUGUGGUUAUGUGAAGAAACCUGAUUUUCUACUGAAGCUUGGUCCCAACAAUGAUGUUUUUGAUCCUCAAGCAAAUUUACCAGUGAAGACAACUUUGAAAGUUAAAGCAUAUUUGGGGGAGGGCUGGCAUUCAGAUUUUGGUAAAUUUGAUAUAUAUUCUCGACCAGACUUCUAUCUAAGGGUUGGAAUAGCUGGGGUUCCAGAAGAUUCAGGAAUGAAGGAAACAAAGGAAAUGGACGAUAACUGGAACCCUACUUGGAAUGAAGAGUUUGAGUUCCCCUUGACUGUUCCUGAGCUGGCAUUGAUCCGGAUUGAAAUAUAUGACUAUGAUAUGUCUGAGAGGGAUGAUUUUGGAGGUCAAACAUGUCUUCCUGUUUCAGAUUUGAAAACAGGAAUCCGGGCUGUUCCACUUCACAACAAAGAGGGGGAUAAGUACAAAUCUGUAAAGCUACUCAUGCGCUUCGAAUUUGUUUCAGUUGAUUCCAGGCCUUGAUCCUAAUUGGUCAGAGACUCAGAGCAUCUCUCUGGUUAUCCAGCCUCACAGUAAUCUCACCACAUUGCAGUAUUGAGUUGCUGCCAUCAUAUCUCUUGAAAGCAACACUACCGGCAUAAUUCUGCUAUUUCAGUGAAGGGAACCAGAAAGUUCCUUCACACUAUUAGGCGACUAAAUGGUUGAUUGGAUACAACCGGCACCACCUUGGAUUCUUGUGGUUUUACAUUUUCUUUCUGUUAUAUAUUAUAUCAUGCAGUUGUAACUUUUAUCGACCACUUGUUGAGUAGAAUGGUUGUACCUAAAUAUAUGACGAUAGCCUUCAAUUGUGAGAAUUAAUGGUAUAAUUUUUUAUUUUA